UGAUACAAGUAUUUCAGCUCAAGUAGAAGAAAACAGGAGGCAGGAAAUAGUGCAUCAGACAGGCUUGGGGUGCUUGGUUCAGAAACUCACAGUGAAAGUGAAAGUGAGCCUAACGUUUAAACAAAUGAACCAAAGAUAAGACAGAGACGCUGUGCUGUGGCUGCAGAGAGAUCACCAGAGAAGAGAACAGGAGGAAAAAGUGUGCAGGACCAGGCUCAGUUGGAUCUCAGCUUCACGUGAACUGCAGUGGAUACCAUGGGAGGAAACUCGUCCUCAAGCAGUGAAGAGGAAGAUGAUGACGGAUAUGGAAACAUUAUGGACGUUAGAGCUACUGGAGCUUCAAAGGAAACAGCUCGGCAGGACAGGUUGCUAUACUCUGGUGAGGAAGCGUCACACAAAAUGGCAGAGUAUGAUUUGGACAGAAUGAAACAAUACAAGUCUAAAAUCAAGAGUGCGGCAGAUAAAUAUGACAUCGAUCCAGCUCUUAUUGCUGCCAUCAUCUCCAGAGAGUCUCGGGCUGGAAAUACAAUCAAGAGUACUGGAGGCUGGGGGGACUAUGACCAGAGCCGAAGAGCGUACAACGCCUUCGGACUGAUGCAGGUUGAUGUCAAUCCAAAGGGAGGUGGGCACAAGCCAAGGGGUGCAUGGGACAGCAAGGAACACCUCUGCCAAGCCACGGGGAUCUUGGUUGAUUUUAUUGAAAAGAUCCGGGACAAAUUUCCCGACUGGAGCAAGGAGAGGCAGCUCAAAGGAGCAAUUGCAGCCUACAAUUGUGGGGAUCGGAAAGUCGAUAGCUACCGGGAAGUGGAUAAAAACACAACAGGCAAAGACUACUCCAAUGACGUUGUGGAAAGAGCAAAAUGGUGGCGCUGGAGGAUCAUCAGCAGCAGCUGCCAUGUUGGAAAUCCUGUCUCAGCCUAACUUUCAGUCAACCUCAAGACAUUUUUUAAAAAGUCAUCCCCCGUUCAGUGUGUGCACAUGAGGACAACAACUAAUCAGACCUAUUUGUUUUUUGUACCAGGCUGUAAACAUGUUCAUUUAUUCUGUAAAAACAGCUUUUUUGCC